AUGAAUUUCCAACCGCGCUCCACAUCCCUCUCGGUAGUCCCACAACCGGUGCGACGACCUUCAGUGAGCUCGAGAUUGUCGUCCGCAGUGUCCAUCGCCGAGCGUGGUGAGACCCAGGAUGGAGGGGGAAUAGUAGCUCAGGACCAAAUAGAGGAGGAAAUUGCAAAGAUAAAACGUUACGAGGAUGCUGCGCGGGAACAGCUGCGCAGGAAGGCGCGAAGGAAAAGACAGGCCGGGCUCUACGGCGCGGGGCGGUUCGACUGGAGGCAACGAAUACGGGAAGCCUACGAUGCGGCUCAAGGGUGGAUCGUCGUCACUAUCAUUGGCGCCGCGAUCGGGCUGAAUGCCGGCUUGCUGAACAUCAUCACCGAAUGGCUGGCCGAUAUCAAGCUCGGCUACUGCUCCACCAAAUUCUACCUAAACGAGGACUUUUGUUGUUGGGGAGAAGAGAAUGGUAAAGAUGCCGCUUUAUUCGCCCUUACGGCCGCCGUUCUCGUCAAGUCGUAUGCCCCUUACGCCGCAGGAUCCGGCAUUUCCGAGAUCAAAUGCAUCAUUGCCGGGUUCGUCAUGAAAGGCUUCCUCGGCUUCUGGACGCUGGUCAUCAAGUCCCUGGCUUUGCCACUCUCCAUUGGAUCUGGGCUCUCUGUUGGAAAGGAGGGGCCCAGCGUCCACUAUGCCGUCUGUACCGGCAACGUUAUCUCUAGGCUCUUUGCCAAAUACCGCCGGAAUGCGUCCAAAACCCGUGAGGUUCUCAGUGCCUGCGCUGCCGCUGGUGUAGCCGUCGCCUUCGGUAGCCCGAUCGGCGGCGUGCUCUUCUCGCUGGAAGAGAUGUCGAGCUACUUUCCCCUAAAGACCUUGUGGCGCAGUUAUUUUUGCGCCCUGGUUGCGACAGCAGUCCUCGCCGCUAUGAACCCUUUCCGAACCGGCCAGCUGGUCAUGUUCCAAGUCAAGUAUGACCGGACGUGGCACUUCUUCGAGGUUCUAUUCUACAUUAUCAUCGGUGUCUUUGGCGGACUGUACGGUGCCUUUGUGAUGAAAUGGAAUCUCAGGGCUCAGGCAUUUCGGAAGAAGUACCUGGCAAAUUACGCCAUCCUCGAAGCAACACUGCUGGCUGUUGGCACCGCCAUUGUCUGCUACCCGAAUGCUUUCCUGAGGAUCGAGAUGACCGAGAGCAUGAAAGUCCUUUUCCGAGAGUGCGAGGGUGCCGAGGACUAUCACGGAUUGUGCGACCCCAAGCACCGCUUCGGGAACGUCGUCUCCCUCAUCCUGGCCACCGUCAUCAGGAUCUUUUUCGUCAUUAUAUCCUACGGUUGCAAAGUCCCGGCCGGCAUCUUUGUGCCCUCUAUGGCAGUCGGCGCAUCGUUUGGGCGAACGGUGGGAAUUAUCGUUCAAGCAAUCCACGAAGCCAACCCGAAGAGCGUCUUCUUCUCCGCUUGUGAGCCGGAUGUUCCUUGUAUUACCCCCGGAACAUACGCCUUCCUCGGUGCUGCCGCGGCGCUCAGCGGGAUAAUGCACAUCACCGUCUCCGUCGUCGUCAUCAUGUUCGAACUGACCGGUGCGCUCACUUACAUCCUCCCAACCAUGAUUGUUGUCGGCGUGACCAAAGCCGUCAGCGAGCUUUGUGGAAAGGGUGGCAUCGCGGACCGCAUGAUUUGGUUCAGCGGCUUCCCAUACCUCGACCACAAAGAAGAGCACAACUUCGGCGUCCCCGUCUCGCAGGCCAUGAUCGCCGACGUCGUCUCGAUCCCCUCCACGGGGAUGACCCUCAAAGCCGUCGAGCGCCUCCUCACAAAGGACAACUACCAAGGCUUCCCCAUCGUCGAAGACGACACCUCGCGCCUCCUCCUCGGCUACAUCGGCCGCACCGAGCUCCGCUACGCCGUCGACCGCGCCAAGCGCGAACGCACCCUCAGCCCCCUAGCCAAAUGCAGCUUUGCCGUUUCCUCAACCACGACCACCACCACCAUAACCACCCCCAACCCGCUCAUCACCCCCUCCCCCUCCUCCCCCUCCGCACCCCUCGACUACGCCACCUCCACCUCCACCACAAUCGACUUCACCCCCUACAUCGACACCACCCCGCUCACCGCCCACCCGCGCCUGCCCCUGGAAACAGUCAUGGAGCUCUUCCGCAAGAUCGGCCCGCGCGUCAUCCUCAUCGAGCACCGCGGCCGCCUGACGGGGCUGGUCACCGUCAAGGACUGCCUCAAGUACCAGUUCAAGGCCGAGGCCGCCGAGCACCUGCACGCGCACCCGCGCGAGAAUGAUCUGCGCCGUCUCGAGGAGGAGGGGCAGGAGCGCGUGUGGGCUCUGAUCAGGGCCGCGGCCGGGUGGGUGUCGGAUACGGUCGGGAAGGUUAGUGGCGGGCGGGUGAGGCUGAGGGAUUCGUGGGAGGGGGAGAGGGAGAGGGAGAGGGGGGUGGAUGGGGAUGGGAGGGGUGGUGGGAGAGGGAGGAAUGGGAAUGGGCAUGGGCUGGGGAUAUUGGAUGGGACGGAGGAGUUGGGGGAUGAGGAUGGUGGGUUGGAGUUGGAGGAUCGGUGACGCGGUCGGGUCGGGUCGGGUUGACGGGUUCGGUUGGGUUGGUUACCUACCUACCUAGGUUCUUCGGGGUUUGAUAUGAUAUGAUAGUUGGAUGGG